CAUGGGCUGCCACUUUGCCCCCGAGAGGAUGUUGAGCAGAACCGCGUCACAGCUGCCCAGCUGGGGCACGGUGCUGAACGCAGCUCGGCUGGAGCUCUGGGCACAGCCCCUUCUUGCUGAGAAGUUCAGGGCACAGCCCAGACCACGUGGGACACGGUCCCGCUCCCCUGCUGGGCUCAGUGUCCGCCGGCAGGCACAGCAGUGGGAGCAGCAGGCUUCAAAAUCCACCUACACAGGUCCUGCCCAGCUCCGCCGCAGCCUCCGUCGCCUGCCGGGCUGGUGGAGAAAGGCCUCGUGACGUCACAGAGCCUUGCGUGACAUCAGCCCAUGACUUGGCAGGUCGGCAACCCCCUUGCAAGCACAGACACGCGAGGCGGCCACUCGGUGCUGGUGGUCACUGCCUGAACUCUGCUCAGGGUAACAGCCCAAGCCAGCUCGUGCAUCGAGAUCUUUUUCCUCAGGAGAGACCAUGAUAACUCUCAGCCCGGCUCUCCCCCUGACCGUGGCUCUCUGCACGUUGUCACUGUUGCCUGCUGGUCUUCGCAUUUACAUCAACCCCACCUGGCUCAUUGUGGAGAGUGAAGCUCCUCCUGAAGACCUGAAGCAGCCACCCGUUGAUGCGGAGAGCAUGACCACCGAAUGGGACAGCAGCAUCGACGUUCAGAGCCCCUACGGCUUGGUUAGGAUCAUGAUGGACGCUGUUAUUGAGGGUCUGAGGAAGCUGCCCUUUGUGGGAGAGAGCAUGGUCCCCAAACGGCACAGCAGCACUGGCCCCCGCAGCCCCCAGAGCUGGGUCAGGCUCAGGAAGGACGUCGCUCCUGUGGGCCCGAAGGAACUGCCCGUUGUCGCCAAGAGCGUGGCCUCUGACCCGCCCUACCCUCUGGGCCAGCUUUGGGACUCCCUUGCCCAGGCGGACAGGACCCAGCUGUGUUGCAGGGCCUUGCAAAGCCUGUGGCUGUGCUUCCUGUCUUGGGUUGCACUUCGCCUCUGGAGAAAUGGGAACAGACCCCAGGGACAGGGAAAGGAACGGCCGGCCUCAUCUUCUGUGGGAACAGACUGCUCGGAGGAGGGCACCUUCAGCUCUGAUGAAGCCGUCCACCAGCUGGAGGCCAAAAUCACCCCGCUGGCCAGGUGCACCAGGCUUGUCUACCGCCUCCGCCUGAAAGUGUUCCCGCACCAGCACUCCGAGAAGAAGGCGGAAGGCGAGGCAAGCGGAGGAGAGCCUUCUCUAGCUCCCUGUGCACCUCCACCUAGGGCGUGCUCUCGGCGGAUUGGCAAGAGGAGAUGCAGGGGUGCAAGGUGACAGGCAGCUGGUGCGCUGGGA